GGACGUGAUUUCUUGCCAAAGGAAUAUGCGAAAAGUAAGGAGAAUGAGAAGAAAAUCGUUCAGCUACAUAAUUCUAUUCAGAACUACAAGCAAUUAUCCGGCACAUCGGAUUUGGACGCAAAAAGCAAGUAUGUGCACUUGUGCCGAGGGCUGAAAACCUAUGGUGUGACGUUCUUCUUAGUAAAAGAGAAGCUAGUCGGCAAGAACAAACUCGUCCCACGAUUACUUGGUGUGAACAAAGAAUGUGUAAUGCGUGUAGACGAAAAGACAAAAGACGUCCUAAAGGAAUGGCCACUGGAACAGGUCCGCCGAUGGAAUACCUCACCGAGAACGUUCACCUUGGACUUCGGUGAUUAUCAGGAUGGUUACUAUUCGGUACAGACGUUAGAUGGUGAAAAAAUUGGCCAACUAAUUGCUGGCUAUAUUGAUAUCAUCGUGAAAAAGAAAGCUAUGAAGGAUCAUUUGGGAAUUGAAGGCGACGAAGGGUCGACCAUGCUCGAAGACGUUGUCGCUCCAGCUAAAGCUACAUUGGUGGCCCAUGGACAGAUCGGGGCUGGGCAGUAUGCCCAGGAUGGCCAUGUGGCCCUACGGGGUGUGCUACGUACCCCUCAGCAACAACCUCAUGGCUACGGCUAUGGAAUCAACGGAGCUCAGUAUGGUGCAGUCAGCGGUGAAAUUCAAUCACAAAGUCUGGGCAGAGCUCAACGUCUUCGCAUUCUCGAUACCUAUGAGCAUCCGCAACGUGCUCUGGUCGGCACAAUUGAAGCUACGAUUAAAUCAGUGGCGGAAGCUGAAGAGGAGCUCGAACGAGAGCCGGAGAUCGAACUGCCACGAUUCCCUGAUGACUAUUCUAAAAGAAAAUGGGUUGACGAACAGGUCAUCAUUAACAAAGAGAACGUCAAUGAACGUCUUGCCGCCAUGGGUGCAGCAACGGCUCAGGUUGUACAAUGGACAGCGGUACAAGAAGAAUAUGAUGAUCGUGUCGGAACUGCCAUUGCGACGAUUGGCUCAAACUUACCGGAUGUCGGAAGAAAUGUUCGCGAUUUGGCUCAGUUCAUGCCUGAUCGAAGACGCGACGACCUCGUCGAAGCUACUCGAAAACUUUGCGGAGCAUUCGGUGACUUCCUUCAUGCAGUCAAUCCAGAACAUGAGGAGAAACGAACGACCGUAUUGGCAGCAGCCGGACGAGUCGGCGAUUUUUCACAGCAAGUCAUCAAUACGAUGGAUGAGCCAACACAUGAACAAUCGUACUUCCAUGAUCACCUUGUACAAAAAGCCAAAAAUGUGGCUACCAGUACUGCUCAACUUGUGCUCAGAGCAAAAACCAUCUCAGCAGACUGCGAGGAGCCAGUUCUCCAGGAGAAAGUCAUCCAUUCAGCGACACAAUGCGCUUUCGCGACGUCGCAACUCGUCGCGUGUGCCCGAGUUGUCGCGCCGACGAUCGAAAGCAAUGCAUGUCAAGAACAGCUUACGAAUGCCGCCAAACAGGUAUCGCAUGCAGUUACGGAAUUACUGCAUGAUGCUGAAUACGCCUGUGAACGAAGCCAUACCGAUGGACGACAAUCACUCACGGAUAUUCAUGAAGCUGCUAGACAGGUAACAUAUGCUCUGGAUAGCCUACUGGAACAUGUGAAGACGUCACCGAAGAUCACAAGAACCACUGAGGAGGAGCAGUACAAUGAGGUGUUGAGAACGAGCCACAGACUUCUUGCACAUCAGGGACCAAGCGAAGAUCUAACCCGUGAAGCCAAGAAGGUCAUUCGACACAGUCAGAUCCUUAUGGAGCAAUUCGAACAUGAAGCACACGAGCACCCAGAGCAGAAGGAUCGUCUACUGGCUGCUGCUCGACGUGUCGCUACUGCCACCAGUGACAUGAUCGACGCCACAAGGGUCAGUUUCCAGCAGAAUUACAAGGUUUAA